UACUUCCGGACAGCCCCCGGCAGAAGCUACUCCUUUGGCAUCCCCGUCGCGCCCACCCUACGGGAGCGCGUCCGGGCGGCCAGGCUGCACAGAGCUUUGCAGCGCCGGCUCAAGCAGGCGCCCUGGGCGGCUCGGGGCAGAGUCCUGCCGCUCCUCUCCUACAGCCCUCGGGGAGCAGUGCUGGAGAAAGGCUUCCUCGUGCAGGACGAGCAGGGGCUGCCGGAGACGCAGUCCUUUUUGGAGCAGCUGUUGAGUCUCCUGCUCCCAGCGCCAGCCCACCUCUCGGUGUACGAGGAGGCCGCAAGCGGCGAGCUCUGCUGCGCCUUGUGGUGUCUUCAGGGGGCAGGAAGGGGUAAAGAGCUGCUUAGGAGAGCUCCAGUGGUGGCCGCUGAAGAACCGGAAUUCCAUCCUGCCAUUCCUCACCUUCUCGGUGAUACCGUGUUCAGCUCUCGGGAAGCUGCCUGCGAAGUGCUAGAGGAAUGCACUUCAAUAAUUCCUGAAGCCAGAUUCAUUCUAGAACUUGUGGAUAAGUCUCCUAACCAUCCAAAAAAAGGAAAUUUUCCUGUAAUAGUUAUUGAAGGGCUGGAUGCAACAGGUAAAACAACAGUAACUCAUUUUUUGAAAGACUCACUGAAUGCUGUGCUCUUGAGGACUCCUCCAUCUUGUGUUAGCCAGUGGCGGAAGAUUUUUGAUGAUGAACCACCACUCAUACGGAGAGCAUUCUAUGCGCUGACUAACUACAUUGUGGCUUCUGAAAUAGCUCAAGAAUCCUCUAAGUCACCAGUGAUUCUAGACAGAUAUUGGCACAGCACUGCAGCAUACUCAAUUGCAACUGAAAUAACUGGGAAAGUGCAAAAUCUCCCUCCGCCUCAUCAUCUGGUGUAUCGCUGGCCUGAUGACCUUCUGAGCCCAGACAUUGUCUUGCUGUUAACUGUUAGUCCCGAAGAAAGAGUCCGGAGGCUGCAGGGACGUGGGACGGAGAAAACAAAAGAAGAGGUUGAUUUGGAAGCAAAUGAUUCCUUCCGUCAAAAAGUUGAAGAGUCUUACAGAAGAAUGGAAAAUCCAGCAUGUCAAAUCCUUGAUGCCAGUUCUUCUAAAGAAGAUGUUGCUAAAGCUGCUCUACAUCUAAUUAAAAAUCAGUGCCAUUUUCUAUAGCUGUUUGUGUAGGCAUUAGUGUCAGUAACUUUCAGAAUCAAAAAUUCCCAGGCAAAACACUUAGGUGUUAAUAUUUCCUGAACAAGCGAGAAGCAUAAGGCAUGUGCAGAACAGGCUUUCAUACGGACAAGCUAGUUUUUAAAAUAUGGUAAUCAUACUGAAAUGCAUUACUGUUACAGGAAUGCAAUAAUUACUCUUCAUAAUUAAAAAAAUAUGUAUAUGCAUGUUCACGUUAUAAACUUUGCUUGGAUUGAUACUAAUUUGUUGUAGAUUUUCCAACACAUUCUCUUUCUUGCUCUCAGUCUGAAUUAACUUCAUGACAGUAUCACAUAGACAAAUUGUAGUAAGUGCUUAAUGAGGUGGGCUUAUCAAAAGGUAAAAUAAUUAAGACUUUAAUGUGAAUGACUAUGGUCACUGGCGAUAAAAUUCUUCAUUGAAGUGAGAAAGGAA